GAAAUCGCCAAUGAAGUCUUCCAAUACUGCAUUCAUCAAACGCUGAAAGGUCGGUGGGGCGUUAGUCAAACCAAAGGGCAACACCAAAAAUUCAAAGGAUCCGUACCGAGUAUUGAAGGCCGUUUUCGGAACGUCCUCUGGUCGAAUCCGUACUUGGUGGUACCCGCUCUUCAAGUCAAUUUUCGGGAAAAUCUUUGCACCGCCAAGCCCUCUCUAGGCAUUCAUCAAUUCGGGGAAUCGGGUAGGUGUCUCGCUUGGUCACUCUGUUGAUGGCCCGAAAAUCAAUAGACAUUCUCAUCGAACCGUUCUUCUUCUUUACAAACAGGACAGGUGUGCCUCAAGGUGAUGAACUAGGUCUGAUCAGGCCCAACUUCUGGAGUUCCGACAGUUGUUUCUUCAGUUCGUCCAGUUCUGCUGGACUCAUUUUGAGCGGGGGACGACUAAUAGGUGCAUGAUCUCCGGUGUUAAUGGCAUAAGCGACACCUCUGUCCGGAGGUAAACCCGGGAGUCCCUCACGGAAAACGUCCUUGUAUUCCUCUACCAGUGGUUUUAUCUCUUGGAUGGUACUUUCCCUUUCCGCCACUACUUCGCUUCCUGGCCAAACUAAGAACAGAUCCUCCACCUCUUUCCUGGCCUCCUCUUUUUGCAACUGUCGAUGCGAGGUCUUUCAGGGUGAAUCCAUGUAACUUUCUUUAUGUGCCACUCGUCCGGACGCCAAGUUG